AAGGAACACGGUCUCCUCCCCGGGCCGGCCAGCCUCCCGCCUGCCUGCGCCGCCCUCCUCUGCCGCCCCCCCCGAGGCGGCCCAUGGCCGGGCCCUGCUCGGCGCGGCUGCAGGGCGAAGCGGCCGCUUUCACUGCCGCCCUCCGCACUCUGGUCAACAACCCCCAGUUCAGUGACGUGACGUUCGUGGUGGGCCGGGAGCAGCAGAAGGUGUUUGCGCACCGCUGCGUGCUGGCGUGCCGCUGCCAGGCUUUCCAGGGGAUGCUCAGCCAGGGGCCGGCAGGAAGCGAGGACCCCCCCAGCAGCCUCCCGCCCCAGGGCCCCUUCAUCCUGGGCAACGUGCAGCCCGAGGUCUUCCUGGCCGUCAUCGAGUUCCUCUACACCAACAGCGUCACCCUCAACAGCCACAUCGCGCUGGAGGUGCUGACCUCAUCAGUGGAGUAUGGCCUGCAGGACCUGUGCAAGCUCUGCGUCAAGUUCAUCAAGGACACGCUGAGCGUGGAGCAGGUCUGCGAGGCCCUGCAGGCUGCGGUGACCUACGGGCAGGCAGACCUCCAGCAGCACUGCCUGGCCUUCAUUGAGGGCUGCACCGCGGCGGUGGUGCAGACACAGGGCUUCCACGAGCUCUCCGACGUGGUGCUGGCACGGGUGCUGCGCAGCGACCGCCUGGCCGUGGAUGAGCUGGACCUGGUGCAGGCUGUGCGGGAGUGGGCGCACGUCAGCUCGGCCGUCCUGGAGCGCCCGGUGCCCGAGGUGGCCGCCCUACCCGUGCAGGAGCUGCGCCUGCCCUUGCUGACACCCAGCGAGCUGGCCACGCUGGAGAGCCACAACCAGCGGGAUCUGCUCAUCCCGGUGGAGAACAUCGCGGCAGCCUGGCGGUCCCACGUGCUGCGGAGGGGCAGUGGGGUGCCCUCCCGUCUCUGCCGGCCCCGGCGCGGCACGAGGCCCCGCGACCACCACCGGCACCUUGACCCACACACCAAGUAGGGGCCGGGGGCUGAGGUCCCCCCAGCCCAACCUGUGGGCUCGGGCAGCGGCAGUGGCCCCCCCCCCCCACGGGUGCUCCGCAGUGGGGCAGGCUGCGGGGUGAGCACUGUCAGAGGUGCUGCCGUGGCCGAGAGCAUCAAUAAAGCGCUUUGCCCCACACCACUUUCGGGGUUUCGGGGACGGGGCAGGAUGCCCAGGUCACCCCCCAAAAGUGGUGCGGGGACUGGGGCGGGCGGGGUUUGGCGCUGGGCCAUGGGGUGGGUGCGAGGACACCCAGGCGCCGCAGCGCCCGCAGGAACCCCGGGCAGUGAACCCCAGGGGUGGCGGGGGCUGCAGGGGUCCCUUGCAGGAUGGGGACACAGGGUGAGCUCCCCCUUUCCCAGCCCCGCUGCUGCCGCCCCCCGCCCCAGCCGGGGCCCUUCCCCAGCGCCGUGCUGCCCUCCCCCGGCAGCGGGGCCGCGCUGCAGCAGGCACCCCCCACUGGCACCAACCUGGGCAGGGGCACGACCCCCCCACUCCACAGCAGCCGUGGGGAUGGGGCUGAGCGGGGUGGGGAGCCUGAGGCUUAGAGAGGGUGGCAAGUGGGAGUGGGGGACCCCAGCAUCUCUGCGCUCACCCAGCACCGCUGCACCAAUGCUAGUGACCCCCCCAAACCCCACCCGAGAUCCUGACAGCAGCUCCCAGCCCCUCAUAGCCCCGAGGAGGGGGGCACAACAGGCUGCCAGUCCCUCCGUGUGCCGCACACACUCUUACACACCUCUCCAGAGAACGCACACACGGGGUCCCCCCCCCACCCUCCUGCACCCCUCAUCGCAUGUAUGCACAUAACUGGGUCUGUCGCAAGCAUCCCCCUCCCCAAGCUGUGCCCCCCCAGGAGAAAGGGUCAGACACAGCAGGUAAUUUAUAUAUAAUAUAUAUAUAUUUACUCUUUAAAAAUAAACCUUCAGUCCCCACUACCGCCUGUACAAACUACAAAAAUAAACCUUUGCUCUCUUUGAUAUAAA